AGAGCUGAUUGGCUGAUGUUGCGGGUUGUAGAGUCUGGCAAAGUGUCGAACUGAAGACUGAAGUAAAGAGGAAGUACUUUUCAAAAUGGAAAUGUAAGAAGGAUAACUUCAACAGGCGAGCAGAGGGAGAAGCCAUGCCUGCCCAACCCCCUGUAAGGGAUCCGGAGGAGGAGAUGGAGGCAGAAGGAGAGUCACAUCUCCCUGAAGCCAACGGAGAGAUGGAGCAAAUAAGAGAUCAUGACAAAGGAGGUGGAGAGGAGACCAUGGAGGAGAGCACAGAGGAGAGAGACAGUGACCUGGAGGAGAGUGAGGAUGAUGAAGAGGAGGAGGAGGAGGAGGAAGAAGAGAGCUCAGAGAUGGAUGAUGAAGAUUGUGAGCGGAGGAGAGGAGAAUGUCUGGAUGAGAUGUCUGAUCUGGAAAAACAGUUUCAGGAGCUGAAAGAGAAGCUGUUCAGAGAGCGGCUGAACCAGGUGAAGGUGAAGCUGGAUGAGGUGCUGACAGGGAAGGCCGGAGAGUACAGGGAACCACUGGCUGCACUACAGAACAGCAUGCAGAUACGGACACAGGUCGCUGGUGUGUACAGAGAGCUGUGUCUGCAGGUGAUCAAACACAAACAUGAGUGUGAACUACAGGGAGCCCGGCAGCACCUGGAGAGCGAGCGGACGUUGCUGUUUGAUGCCAUGAAGUCAGAACUGCUGGAAAAGAUAAGAAGACUGGAGGAGGACAGGCAGAAUGUAGACCUCACCUCAGAAUGGAGUGAUGAGCUGAGGGGAAAGAAGUGUAAAAGAAAGAACCAGCUGGGUCGGUCGGAGAGGAAGAAGAAGGUCACUCUGGUUUCAGGGCCUUUCAUUGUCUACAUGCUGAGAGACAUUGACAUCCUUGAAGACUGGACCGCUAUCAAGAAGGCGAAAGCAGCUCUCACACCACUAAAGAAGAAAGUUGAAAAGCGGUGAUAAUAGGAGCAACUCCUUGAAGACCAGGGGCACAGAAACCAAACCAAACACACACAUUCCCAGCUACUCGUACUAACAGUUCAGGUUCCCUGACCCGAAACUCAGCCGACUGUUGUGAUGUUUUUACCUGCGCCUUUUACCCCGUCACCCCAGCGCCACACUGCUUGUUUGUUAUCUAUUAGUUAUUUAAAAGAAGUCUUUAAUAAUAUGACAACAAUGUAUUUAUAGAAUGAUUUAUAACGGUGAUUAAAGUUUUAAUCUUUUGUGACACAA